CAUGAAAAGCCGUCCUCUUAACGCGCUCUUUUUUUCUCUCUCUAAAACAAAACAAUGACAAAUGCACAAAUCUUCCAUUUUAUUUUAUCUUAUCUGUUUUAAUUAAUUUAAGUACUUUCCUUUUCAACUGAAAUACAACUAAAUGUUUAUAAUUAGAAAAUAUUUCCAGAUAUCUACUUUUUCUCUCUCUUUUAUUUUUGUUUUUUCUAUGGAAUUUGGAAUUCCCUGCUUUACGUGAUCAUUUUUUUUAAUAUAGUAUUAAAAAUUUGCUCUUGAAUUAAGGCCCUUUCUGGGUUUGAUUUUUUCAAACUUUAUUCAUAUAUUCAUCAAAAAUUUGGUAUCAAAAAAUUACAAAAGAAAGAGAAUUGCUUGUUUGAAGGAAAUUGCAUGUUCUGUUACGGUCUAUCUCCUCGGAAAAGAAUGGGCGAAGGCUCAAAAUUGGACUUUUUAAAGCUGGAUGAUUCUCCCAUGUUUAGAACCCAGCUUCAAUGCUUGGAAGAAAACUCUGAAUUGCUGAAGGAUCGAAGUUUAAAGUUUUACAAAGGAUGUCAUAAGUACACGGAAGGGCUUGGAGAGGGUUAUGAUGCAGAUGUAGCUUUUGCAAGCGCACUUGAAACAUUCGCAGGAGGGAAUAAUGAUCCUAUAGGUGUUUCUUUUGGAGGCCCAAUCAUGGCAAAAUUUACUAUCGCCUUGAGAGAGAUCGGUACGUACAAGGAAGUUCUUAGAUCACAGGUGGAGAACUUACUAAACGUUAAGCUGCUACAAUUUGUCAAUGUCGACCUAUAUGAUGUCAAGGAAGCACGAAAACGGUUUGACAAGGCUGCUGCUUCAUAUGAUCAGGCUCGUGAGAAGUUUUUGUCGCUGAAGAAAAGUGCCAGGAAGGAUACAGUUGCCAGCACAGAGGAGGAACUUCACACUUCAAGAGCUCAAUAUGAUCAAGCGCGUUUCAAUUUGGUUACUUCUCUUUCAAAUGUGGAAGCAAAAAAACAUUAUGAGUUUCUGGAAUCUGUUAGCCGAUCAAUGGAUGCACAUCUCCAUUACUUUAAACAGGGUUAUGAAUUGCUGCAUCAGAUGGAACCAUUUAUGAAGCAGAUUCUUGACUACGCUGAGCAGUCAAAACAAAACUCCAGCAACGAGCUCACAUCCCUCAAUGAAAAGAUGAAAGAGUACAAAAAGCAGAUAGAUGAGCAAAGUAGACAAUCUGUAAAUGGGUCUAAUGAUCUUUCUGGAGUGGAUUGUCCACAACCUUUUACCAAAAGCACCAAUAAAUCAGUAGAAGAAGUUAUGCAGUCUUCUGCAAAUGGAAAGGUCCAAAUCAUUCGACAAGGUUACCUAUUUAAGCGUUCUUCUAGUUUGAGGGCUGACUGGAAACGAAGGUAUUUUGUUCUCGACAGUCGAGGGAUGUUAUAUUAUUAUCGAAAGCCCCGGAGCAAGGCAUCUAUGGCAACAAGUAGGCUUUCUAGUCCACUUCAUAGCUCUGUUGACCCUGGCUCGGUACUUGGUCGAUGGAUCUCCUCUUCUCACAAUAAUGUUGUCAGUAGUGAAGAAAAGUCUGUGGCUCGUCACACUGUCAACCUGCUAACAUCAACAAUAAAGCUUGAUGCUGAGCAGUCAGAUAUGAGAUUUUGCUUCAGGAUCAUCUCUCCUGUGAAGACUUACACCUUGCAGGCUGAGAAUGCAGCAGAUCAAAUGGAGUGGAUUGAGAAGAUAAGAGGAGUAAUUGCUUCAUUGUUAUCCUCACAAGCCAUUGAAGGGCGACUUUCAUCGAGGGAUAAUCAAAGGGAUCCAGUCAGUAUGUCAGAUAGUGGUUCCUCUGAAGGUUCCUCUAUUACUGAUUCAUCAGCCACUGAGGAAGGUUCUUCAAAUUCAUUUGGACCUCGUAGUUUCCAGCAGCAACGACAUAGUGUGAGAAUUGAAAAACCUAUUGAUGUCUUAAGAAAGGUGACUGGUAAUGAAAAAUGUGCUGAUUGUGGUGCUACUGGACCUGACUGGGCUUCCUUAAACCUAGGCAUUCUCAUUUGCAUUGAAUGUUCUGGUGUCCAUCGCAAUCUUGGAGUUCAUAUAUCAAAGGUAAGGUCAUUAACACUGGAUGUAAGAGUGUGGGAGCCUUCUGUUAUAUCUUUGUUUCAAUCCUUAGGUAAUGUCUAUGCAAAUUCAGUCUGGGAAGAAUUUUUGCAUGCCCGAAACUAUUCUCAAAUAGAUGAACGACCGGUGAUUUUCCCAAAGUCGGAGCAACAUAAACCGGCGUUCAUGAAAAAGCCUACACCCAGUGAUCCCGUUGCAGUGAAAGAGUUGUUCAUUCAUGCAAAGUAUGAAGAAAAAGUCUUUGUUCGCAAGGCCAAAGGAAAUCAAAAUGCAUUCUCUGUGCCGCAACAGAUGUGGGAGAGUGUCCGUGCCAAUAACAAGCAAGCAGUUUAUCACCUUAUUGUAUGCUCUGAAGCAGAUGUUAAUGCCAUGCACCGUCAACCAUCAUCUGCCAAAUCAUUUAUUAUGCCUAGAGCGAGAAAUUCGGAUGAGACUCCCCUUGUUCGCGAUGCUGAUAGAGGUAGAGCAAAAUCUGUUGACAGGACUGCCUCAAGAUCGCUGAGCUCACUAAUUAAGGGAAAAGAUGCCUCUAGAGACAAUUCUCUUGAUGGUUGCUCUCUACUUCACCUUGCCUGUCAAUUUACUGAUGUAGGCAUGGUCGAACUGCUCCUACAGUAUGGUGCAAAUAUAAAUGCUGUAGAUUCAAGAGGUCGAACACCACUUCAUCAUUGCAUCUCAGAACGGAAAACUGAUAUAGCAAAAGUACUUCUCAUGAGGGGAGCUAGCGGAAGAACUGUUGACAACAUAGGCAAAUCUGCAAUGCAGCUGGCUUUGGAUUUAAAAAUAAACGAUGCUGAUCUUAUGGCACUCUUAACAGAUAAUAACAGAUAGUGACAAGAAGGAAUCACAAGCAUAAACUCACAGAGGUAUACCGCCGUGGAUUACACAGCUUUCUCUUGAGGGGUUAAGAGAUGCAGCAUUUUGUAUCCUUCCCUGAAGCUCAUACAGAAUUAUCAGGUCAUACAUAUAUGCUUCACCAUUUUUCUUGACAGUCUUACACAAGGUUCAUAUGGUUUACCACAGUAUAGCUCCCAUCAUGUAUCAUAGUGUCUCCGAUCAUUGUUCUUCAUUUUUGCUUGUAUAUUUUCUGAUAGCCCGGUGAUAAUGGUGUUUUUUACUAAUACUGCUAUGUGAGUGGGCUUUUGGAGACUGUCAAUCCUUGCUCCUACGUUAUGCAGUAAGCUUCAGGAUGGAGGAUUAGUUGUGUCUAAGAAACUUAUGAUACUAGACAAUAGCUUGUACAAUUUUGUAAUUAAAUUCAUUUGUUACUAGAAUUUGAGUGUGGUACAUUAUCCAUUGAAAUUAUUCUAGUUAAGGAGGAAAAGAGAUCGAAUUUAUAUGUGA